CUCUCUCUCUCUCUCUCUGCGGAGCGGGCGCGCGGUCACACAGCUCGAGACUCGAGGAUGAACUGAGGCAGGCAGUAUGAGAAAAGUAUGUGUACGCAUGGACCGCGAACAUGGAGCGUUAUGAAAGAAAACGCGAAGGCGGCGCUGUCAUUUUAUCCGUCUGAAUUCAGCGAUGACACCAAGUGUGAGUCUGUGGAGUGACAGAGAGGACCGUUAGCUGAACAGCUCGCAGCUACGGGAUAUUUGCACAGCAAUGGCAGCUCUGGACCAGUGAGGAACUCUAUACCCACCCCCCAUCUCUGUCCCUGACACCUUGACACAACUAUUUUCCAUUUCUUUUCCCCUUUUAUUCUGUUAUCGCUCCAUCUUCCCGAAGCCCUCCUCCCAGCCUCCUCUCUUCCAAAUCCCCUCUUUGUUUCAAACAUGGACUCAUCUGGAGAAGAAAUCACCUGCGCCCAGGAUGGACAUCCUGACCUCAGGAGCAGUCCCAGUCGCUCGGAUCUCAGCGGACUGUACCAUCUGGGUCGGACAUUGGGCAGGGGGCACUUUGCUGUGGUCAAACUGGCUCGUCAUGUCAACACUGGGCAACUGGUUGCCAUCAAGAUGAUUGACAAGACAAAACUUGAUGUUAUGGCAACUAGUCACCUCUUACAGGAAGUGAGGUGUAUGAGGCUGGUGCAGCAUCCCAAUGUGGUUUGCCUCUACGAGGUCAUCGACACACCCACCACCCUCUACCUGGUCAUGGAGCUGGCCGAGGGAGGUGACCUCUAUGACUACAUUCUCCGGCACGAGGGAGGCGUGGCUGAGAGCACUGCCAAACGUCAUUUUGCCCAGAUUGUACGUGCUGUGGCGUACUGCCACCAGCUCCAUGUGGUGCACCGGGACCUGAAACCAGAGAAUGUGGUGUUCUUUCCCCAGCAGGGGGCAGUGAAGCUGACAGACUUUGGGUUCAGCAACUUAUUCCAACCCGGGACAAUGUUGGCCACCAGCUGUGGAUCGCUGGCCUACUCUGCUCCAGAGAUACUGUUGGGAGACGAGUAUGAUGCUCCAGCUGUUGAUAUCUGGUCUCUCGGGGUGAUCCUGUACAUGUUGGUGUGUGGAGUCCCUCCCUUCCAGGAAACCAACGACAGUGAAACUCUGGUCAUGAUUCUGGACUGUCGCUACUGUGUCCCUGAACAUGUCUCAGACGACUGCAGAGAUCUCAUCUCCAGGAUGCUUCAGAAGGAUCCGUCUCGCCGUGCCUCAUUGGAGGAGAUCGAGGCUCAUCACUGGUUACAGGGCCUGGACAGUGCCCUGCUCAGCCCAGAGGCCCCACCACACUGGCUCUCAGGGGCCCUCUCUCCCAGCUCUCCUCGCUCAGGGGUGCCUGAGUGUGGGGACUUGCUCGCCGCAAGGCCCACUGCUCAGCAGGCUUUCCCUGGACCUUUGCAGCCCAGCCUCAGCUUCACACUCCGUCCACCUCCAGCUGAAGAGCCUCCGGUCCCCAAGAACCUUCCUGCACUACAGCAGAUCUGUGAGGAAGAAGAAGAAGAGGAGGAAGACGAUGAGGAAGAGGAGAGGUUGGCGAAAGAGGAUGGUUUGGCAUCCGUGUUAUUAGAGGAUCCAGAGAGAGAAGCUGAGGAGAUGCUCGAUGGAGCAGAUCAUCCAGAGCUCAAGGACGAGAAACAGAAAGAAGAAUUAGGAAGCUCGGUGGAGAUGAUGGAGGAGGAAGAAGAGGAGCAGGAAGAGAUGGCAGAGAUGAACAUAGAAGACAGUGAGUGUGUGAUUUCAGACCAGCCAGUCAGUCAUGGAAACAAGCCGGUCAGUCAGACACCUGAAGUCCCACCAUCGUCUCUGCCUGGUUUGGGGGUACCGUGCUGUCAGGGGCAGGCUGACACUGUAAGUACAGAGGAAGGAAAGGACGAAGAGACAGAACCCAACAACAAUACCAACAAACCUCCUCUUCUGCUCCCCGAGUCCUCUGUUCCUUCCAUUCCUGCAUCCUCAGCCAGGCUCAUCCUGAAUGAGAAGGAGACUCAAAGGAGAGAAGGAGAACAAGAUGAGAAAACAGAGGAUGGAGGAAGAGAUGACCUCCCAACAGACAGAUCUCAUCCCCACAAUGCAUUGGGGACCCGGGAUGAAGCAACCCCCAAGGCGGAGCAGGGGAAACGGCAUAGCAUAAAGCUGCGUGAGAGACUUUUUCAGUUCCCUCUGUGUGAGAAAGCUCUGGCCUUCAACAUACCGACACACAACAAGCCCAAGAUCCUGCCGCUGGCUCAGUACAACUGCUGCCAUGUGCUGUAAGUGAAACAAGUCUGGGUACUGUUUCCUGUGAUGUGCUACUCACCUGGGACAUGCAGGGCUGUUUAGCAAUGAGCAGGCGGCUGGCUACAGAGCACAAACCUUGUGAAGUGGAAAACCGCCGAGCUCCCUGCUGAGCCUUUCUGCUGCAGAGACUUCAAGGCACAAGAGCAAAGGUCCUCAUCAUGUCAACACCGAGUGUACAGGAUGAGACGUGUUAAGCUUCAAACCUACAAACACUCAGUUCUAGCAUCGUGCUCAUGUAAUAAACAUUGUGUUAAGCUAGACAUGGUGUACAGCACAGUAGUCAGACGUAGUAGAACCUCAUGCAUUUGCUGCUGUGUACAGGAGCCACCAUAGAAUUGCAGUUACUAGACUGUGUUCAAUCUGUAGCUUAUAAACAAUACUGGACCUACAGGAAGGAAGGAGACUGAAGAAAUAAGACUGCAACGGUUUUUAUUGAAUAAGCUAUAGUCUGUUUUAUUUGUUUAAAAGGUGCCUACAUCGUUAAAAUGGGUUUCAUAUUGUACAUGGCCACUGUGUCAUUUGGGUCCCGACUGUAAAAGGCUGUAAAAGUCAGAGUCAGCUCUCAGUGAAUCUAUGAGUUCAUAUUUUAUAAUAUAUGAAUAAGAAUAAACCUUGAACCAGCUUCUGCUACAGAGUAGCACUCAUUUCCAGUUCCCUUUGCACAACCUGUUUUUCUCAUUGGUUUAAAAGCUCUUGAUAUAAGCUCUUUAAAGAAAGACUGAGACUGUUACAUGAUAUGAUAUGAUAUGAUAUGAUAUGAUAUGAUAUGAUAUGAUAUGAUUCUCUUAAUCCUAAAGUCUUAUUUUAUGAUAACUUGUCCUAACAUGUCUUACAAUACUGUUGACAGGAUUAUUGAUUGGGAUGCAGGUCUUCCAUUGUAUUUUGAAUUUACUCUUUUUAGCCAUAUGGAACAGUUGAUAAUAUUUGAACAUAACAUUAACAUUUUAUUUUGGAUGUGCAUAUAUGAAGUUCCUUGAUCUUUUUUUUUUUUUUAUAAAAUAACAAAGAUAUUAAUGAAGAGAUAUGUGACUUUGUGCAUGUUAUUUCUGUUAUAUUAUUGUAAUAUACCUCCAUGUGUCUUGGAUCUGACAGGACAUUGUUCUUGCGUAACUGUAAGUACCUUGACGUAACCCUCUGAAUGUUGAAUUGCACACAGGACGACUACUGGUAGCUUUGUACAAGUAGCAUACUGGAACUGAUGGAUAGAUUUGUUGGUCGUUUAGACCAGAUGACCCUCGUGAGAUAUGUUAUUGUGUAAAUGGGUCCCUCUCUAUGGUAUUAUCUUACCAUAUAAUGCCGAUGUGUGUUUCUAUAUUUCUUUCUCUCACACACACUGUAUUUUCAUUCUUUUUAAAGGAGGAACAAGAAGUGUAAAAUUCUGUAAAGUUAAAGAAGGCCAAAGCUGUACAAUAAGCUACAUCUUCCUCCUGUAGUUGAGUAAACACAGCUUAUUCCUAUCAGUGUCUGCAGCUGCAUGGGUACAACAAACUGGGUUUUUAACAUGCGACCUGGGAUCAGACGGUCCCUGCCUAUAUAAGGAGCGGAUGUCACGUGAAAAAUCUGAUUAUCACUCAUAUUUCAGCAGCCAUGGAAGCAUAAAAUCGGAUGAGGGAUAAAAUCCCAUUAUUUGUUCCUGUGUGACUGUAGGCUGUCUCUCUUUGGUGUGUCUGUGUCUACUGACCUGCAUUGUAACUAGGACCACGUCUCUAUGGAGCCAUGAACUUAUUUUUCUGUAUUUAUUAAAGUGGAUUCAAUCAACAGGA